AUGUCCAGUCUGGAAAUAUUAGAGUACUUGCUGGCCAGGGAUGGCAUAGACGUGGACGCCAGGUCAUCUGAAGACAAAACGCCCCUUUUCCUAGCGACCUCGUUAGGCCAUAUCGAAUCAGUGGAGAAACUGAUCCGAGCGGGAUCCGACGUAAAUAUCUGCGACCACCAAAACCUUUGCAGGGGGGAGUACCCUUUGCACAUGGCGUACCAUCCGGACAUCUGCCACCUCCUUAUACGACACGGUGCCCGAAUCGAUGCCGUUAACAGAUAUAAUAAAACGUUGCUACAUAAACUGAUGGAGCACGGGUCCCUGGAAGUGGUGCACAUGCUGCUGUAUUACAACGCCGACGCCAACGUUCCUGACGAAGACUGCCACACUACCUUUAUGGCAGCCCUACACCACAGAAGAUAA